AUGUCGACCCCACAAUCAGCCUCAACAAAAAGGACCAAGAGGCCAAGAGGAUUGCUUGCCUCUCGGAAAACCACAGGAAAUCCUGCCGAAUCCGAGCCUGCAGCAAAAAGGGCCCGAGGUGAAGAUACGCCUCCUCAAGACCCAGAGGAAUUAAAGCUUCAGGACUGGCAUGAUUUGGAAGAGCUUUUCGAGAAUGCGCUGGAUGCACUCUAUGGACCUAAUUGGACGUCUGCUAUUCCCUUGAUUCGUGGUGUGCUACACGAAUGCGCACGAAUGGUGACUGUUUACAACGACCCGACAUUAAUCUACUCCCCACUGGAGCCAGAAACUCAAGUUGGCCCUGAAAAGGCGCCCGCAUCAGCUUUUUAUACAAUCUAUGCGUCUGCGUGGUUUAUAAUGUCCACGUUUGCACGAGUGACCCUUCUACUUACAGAAGAUGAACCAGAGGAGGCAUUAGAGUAUCUGUUAUCCGCAUUAUCAGCCUGCGAGAAAGGGGAGCAAGCCCUGGACGUGCGAAAGCAAACGAAAGCUUGGGAUCCUUUCCGACUCGGAGACGAGCCUCGGUCUCUGAAAAUGGUACCACUGAUGCUCGAGCGCACUUCUCGGCUCGGCCCAUCAGCCGCACUUGCUCGGGCAUUUGAGCAUUUGACUUAUGACGAAUCAAAAGACGAGAGAUUCUCCGAGGAAUCCUUGCCAUUCUCCAUCUUGAAAAUGCCGAAAUUCCUCCAUCAGGUAGAGGAGAUGUCCGUUCCCGAAGAACUACGAGUACAAGUAAUUCUAGUAUUGGGACAAAUUAAUCUGGCGAUUGGUUCCAGUAUUGCUGAGAAAUUUGAGGAGGACUCGAAUGCCGAGGAUGGUACUGGAGUGAAGGACUUGAAACUAGAAAAGUUGCGAUUGGGUCAUUAA